UUUGUACCAUAUUUAUAGUAUGUUGGUUUCGAUCUGUGAUAUUUUCUUAUUUUUUCCUCAUUAUUUAUCGUUAAACUACUUAUAAUUAUUUUAAUACAUGUAUCUUCACAUCCAUUAUAAUUAAGUAUUGUUGUUAUUAUUAAGUAUUGGAUAUCAUUCAGAAUGUGUCAUGAUGUAUGUAGUAUGUGCUUUUUUUAUAAAUCGUUAUUAUAAUUAAGUAUUUUUUUUAAGUUCACCAUUUACAUUAGUUUUAAAUACUACUUGACAACUAUUAUAUUUAAAGCAAUAUAAACUCAAUGGCAUGUUCUAUUUUAUCAAUCAAUACAGUUUUUAAGAAUUUAAUCUUUAUGUUAAAACCAAAAGUAGAAAUUUGAUUAUUGUCUGGCCAGGUGCCAGUCAUUUUCUGAAAAACACCACCAUAAAUAGGCCACAAUCAGGAAAAGUUUCCAUUUAAAAUAUGUACAGGUACCAGUUAAAAGAGCUCUAUUUAUGUUUAACUGUGAUUAUGUUUUAUGGGUGUUUUUUCUUUCUUUUUUCUCAUUUAAAUUCUGUGCGUAUUGUUAUCAGAUUCCGGUACAUGCACCGCAUACAUCCAUAUCAUUUUGAUUGUUUACUAAUCUGUUAUACAUAUACAGAAUAAUAAAUUCGUAUAUAACACAAAGCGUGUUACUUCACAUUAGGAUAAUAAUAGUUGUAUUGCAAGUUGCAAAUACACCCGUUAGGUACAGACUAUUAAUAAUUAGAAAUACAUGCAGGUAUUAAAUUACGGAAUUUCAGAGUAAAUGGAAAAGAAAAUGGGCUUCACGUUUUCUGAAAAUCAUUAAUCAUUAAUCAAUAUUGAAUAAGACCGCUGUAGCCAUUUCCCAACUAGAGGUGGAGGUGAUGAGUAGAUUGUUACACAAGUGUCCUCAUAAUACGACAAUAACACCGUGAACGAACACGAUAUGCCUACGUGGAGGCAGCCGUCGGAGAUUCGCAACUUCCAAGCGUCCAUCAAGUCCAGAUUCAGCAACAGACGUCAGCUGGGGAUGGUACUGGACGACAUUUGCGAUGAAAAAUUGAAAGCGUCCAAUUUUCCAAACAUCCGGGUUAUUAAGAAGGACGGUUUGUGGUUCAGCAUGGAUAAGCGGCGACUCUGGGUCUUCAAGCAGCUUCAGCGGCUAGGGAAAUGUGGGGACAUUCCCGUAAAAGAGGUUACAACUAUCCCUGACGAGCGUCACACAACUCGAAACAAUGGUCUUGACGUUGAGAUCCGUGGAUUGCUUGGAGGUGAGUGGAAAGAUAAGCCGGACUGUGUGGAUCCCCGUCCACCCUUUCUGUGCACCUGGGCGACUUCCAGCAGGAAUUUCCGGGGUCGGAGUGGGGGUGUGAUAAGUCGCCGCAGGUCAUGGGAGAGCGAUGACGACUUUGAGUGCGAUUACGGAGAUGAUUCCGAAGACGAAUCCUAUGACUUCUAACAUCACUAUAGAUGUUAGCUCAAACAUUACAAUGUGAUUAAGACGAGAUUCUUUUGAAUAAUUUUGUCUUGUUAUAUAUCGAAAACUUUUCACAUGUUGUCUCAUUGUCCUACUCAAAUUAUCUGUGAUAUAUUGAUUGCUCUUAUUUCAAACCCUUUGUUGUUUCAGAUGUUUGUAUUGUCGUUUUAAAAUUAAUCUAAACAGCGACUGUUUUAUUGUGAUUUAAAGUUUCUUGUUUAAUUCUGUCCAUGGUAAGGUAAGAGAAAAAACAGAUAAUUGGUGUCAUU